GGAUAGAAGGACCCGGCGAAGGGAAGAGUUGAUUCCAAGAGAAUGAUGAAAAACAUGAGCUGGUUUUCGAGAAUUCAGCAAACAACUAAACGGAACGACAUUGAUUGACUUCUACAUCAAAUCGUACGAUCCCAAGUUCCAGCCAGGAACGAGGUAUUCAUACUCAAACAUUGGUUACGUGAUGCUAGGAAGGAUCAUAGAGCAGAUCAGCUCACGUCCCUACAGUGAGUUUAUACAAGACGUGAUACUAAAACCCAAUAACAUCGAAGCGCGAAUAGGAGAAGUCGAACCCAAAGACACCGAGGUUUCAUACUACUCACCAGACAAUGCCAAUCCUUACACCUACUGGACGCCCUCGAAGCUGGAUGCCGCUGCUGGCUGGGUAAUGCGCCCGGAAGAGGUAUCUUUUGGUAUUUCUGUAUAA